AUGUGCCAGGCCCGGGUCCAGUACGUGCUGGGGCGCAACUUCUCGUACUUUAGUUUAUUCCGUCUCACGCAGGGCGUGGACUCGGUGAGGCUUGCGUGGAACAAAGUGUUGUUUUGCAGAUUUGACUCCGUGCAGUGGCGUGAGUUACGUCGCAAUUUUCCCCAUCUUUUGAACGGGGCUGAUGCCGUUGCACUGAUUGAGAAGGUGCCCUCACAGACGGCUUCCUUCUUACGUCUUGUGAGGCAACGACAACUAAGGUGGCCUUCGCAGGGGCGAACAAGAGGUGUGAACAGCGUGAACAACAAAAAAGCGGCAGUAACAUGUUUACGCCGCACAAUAUUUUGUCUCCUCUUGCCUCAUCUACUCUUAUCGCUGCGGGGGAGGGCUAACUGA